AUGACCAUGUCGAACGUCAAUCCUGCACCGCAGCAGAAUGCGGAAGAUGAAGAGCUUGAGGAUUUCAAGCCACGCGCCCGGCGCGCCCGCGUCUACAAGAAAGGCAAGAUGGUCUUUCAGAACGGGUUGAGAUCCAUACCCUGCGUUGUCCGGAAUAUUUCCGAUGGCGGCGCGAUGCUGGAAUUCGACCAGCCUUAUAUCCUGCCCAAGGAUUUUGAACUUUAUAUCGAUCUGGAAGACUACGAAGUCACCUGCGAGCGCCGCUGGGAAGCCGGCCUGAAUUGCGGCGUCAUGUUCACAAGUGAAAGACGCAAUGUUCCGCAGCAACGCUACCAGACGCUGAAGCCGUCCGACAACACCUUGCAGGAAGAUCACGAAGAUGAUCUUGAAGAAGAUGACGCGCUGGACGCGGAAACUUCCGGCGAGGCGUCACAACGCCAGCAUCCACCGAUGAGUGGAAAACCGGCCUUUGGAAAACGGCGCUGA